AACGAAGAUAUGAAGGAAUUUCCUGAGGUUACUGCUGCUGUCACCAAGGAUGUUGGCGAUGUCGAGAAUGCGGGUGCGCGCAACCACACCAAGAGAGGUCUAUCUUCUCGUCAAGUGCAGUUCCUCGCUCUGGGCGGUGCCAUCGGUACCGGUCUCUUCGUCGGAAGCGGAGCCACCCUCUCGGCUGUCGGUCCUGCUCCUCUAUUGAUGGGCUAUAUCGUAAUGUCUUUCGUCGUGUAUGGAGUCAUGAAUGUGCUGGCUGAGAUGACCACCUACCUCCCUCUUGAGGGGCUCUCGGUGCCUUACUUUGUCAAUCGCUUCGUGGACCCUAGUCUUGCUUUUGCCAUGGGUUGGAACUACUGGUAUACCUUUGCGAUGCUUCUCGCCGCUGAAGUCACCGCCGCUGCGAUCAUCAUUCAGUACUGGACCGAGAGUGUGCCUGUCGCUGUGUGGAUCGCCAUUAUCCUGCUUGUUAUUCUUGCACUGAACAUUAUCGCUGUUUCGUUCUUCGGUGAAGCAGACUCCUUGGNNUUCUGGUUCGCGUCCAUCAAGAUUCUGGCAAUUCUCGGUCUUAUUGUUCUCGGUGUUGUCCUCUUCUUUGGAGGCGGUCCCAAGCAUGAUCGUCUUGGUUUUCGCUACUGGAACGAACCUGGAGCUUUCAACCCCUUCAUCGCUAAAGGCAACAGUGGCAAGUUCCUCGCCUUCUGGUACGCAUUCAUCAAAUCCGGAUUCGCCUUCAUCAUGUCGCCCGAACUCGUCGUCACCGCCGCCGGAGAAGCCGAAGCCCCUCGCCGCAACAUCCCCAAGGCGGCCAACCGCUUCAUCUACAGAUUGUUCGCCUUUUACGUCUUGGGCACGUUGGUCAUUGGUGUUACCGUGGCUUACAACGACAAGGGUCUACUCAAUGCCAUCAACAGUGGUUCCCAUGGCGCAGGAGCCUCUCCUUUCGUCAUCGCCAUCCAAAAUGCAGGUAUCGGAGGCUUGAACCACGUCAUCAAUGCCGCUAUCCUUACUUCCGCCUGGUCAUCUGGAAAUGCUUGGUUGUUCUCUGGAUCAAGAAUGCUCUACUCGCUUGCCCUCACGGAGCAGGCACCCAAAAUCUUCCUCAAGUGUAAUAAGAGAGGUGUCCCUUGGGUCGCUGUGCUGUUCACCUUCUGCAUCGGUUGUCUCGCUUUCUUGAACGUCAGCAACAGUGGCGCUUCCGUCUUCAACUGGUUCACCAACAUCACCACCAUCUCCGGCUUUAUCGCCUGGAUCGUCGUUUUGAUAACCUACCUCCGUUUCCGCCGCGCAAUGCUGUUCCACAACAUGCUUGACUCUCUACCCUUCCGCACACCUCUGCAACCAUACUCUUGCUGGUUCUCCCUCAUCGUCAUGGUUUUGGUCACCCUCACAAACGGCUUUUACGUUUUCGUCCCUAGCCGCUGGAACAUUUCCGACUUUUUGGUUUGCUACAUCACCAUUCCCAUCUUUUUGGUCUUAUGGUUUGGUCACAAGGUUUGGAGUAAGAAUUGGAGGUGGUGCAUUCCGAUUAAGGAGGUCGAUGUGUGGAGUGGCAAGGAUAUUGCUGAUGCUGAGGAGUUGGAGUAUGAGACUAGGGAACCUAGGAAUUUUGCUGAGAAAGUGUGGUUCUGGGUUGUUUGA